UGAUUUUUAGACGUUAGUAUACAGUUUACAUACUAUUUUACAGACUUUUAAUUACAACUUUACUAAAUUUGCUACAUUCACCAUAUUUAUAAUUAAAAUUAUUCCUAAAUAUGGAAAUAAACGAAUUGGAUUUAAAAUUUUUCGAGAAACUUCUUCGCGAUUAUUUAGAAAAUAAACAAAUCACUUUACUUGGAAUGUCAAAAAGUUUAGCUUCUGAAAAAGGAGACAACUUUUUCAGUGAAAUUUACAGAAUAUUUUUAAGAUACAAUUCUGAUUUGAAAUGUUCAAGAAAAAUAGAAGAAGAAACAAUGACAUUAAUUGUAAAAUCAGAAAUUACAAACGUGAAGAAAGAGGCGAUUCAUGAAAUGUUUACGAAGGAAUUUAGAAUUCUUCAACAAGUAUUGCCAGAGGUUGAGAAACUCAUGGGAUGUUCUAUUGGACCAAAAUUACUCUACAAUAAUGAGAAUGGGAAUUUUAUCAUUAUGGAGGAUUUAGUGUCACGAGGAUUCAUAAUGUUGAAUCGAAAAAAUGGUUUAUCUUUAUCGCAAUGUUUCGUUGCUAUUGAGAAAAUUGCAAAAUUUCACGCUGCAACUGUUGCCCUUACUGAAAAGGAGCCAAAUACAACAAAAUAUUUCGUUGAAGGAAUGAUAAGUGGAAAGUACUCUCAAAAUUAUUUUCGCUUUCUUGAAGUGUCCUUAUUAAAUUUAUGUGAAGGAGUAAAAAGAUGGAAUGAUGAAGAGUGUAAUAAAGCGAUAGAUAAAUUGAAAAAUAUAAUUUCCACUUUAAAACCGAGACUUUUGAGUAUGUACGAAUAUGAUGCUGAGGAGUUUUGCGUUUUAAAUCACGGGGACUUUUGGACGAAUAAUAUUAUGUUUAAAAAUGAUGACACGGAAGAUCCCAGUGAUGCUAUGCUCAUAGAUUAUCAGUGUUCAGUGUAUACAUCUCCAGCAAUUGAUCUACAAUAUUUCCUGUGCAUUUGUCCUGAAUUGAAAAUAAAAUGUGACAAAGAUGACUUAUUUCUCAACAGCUAUUUGAAAGUGAUGGAAAAUGAAUUGACAAGAAUGAACUGCAAAACCAAAGUUCCCUCUCUGGAAGACUUGAAGAAAUCGAUUUAUAAAAGAAGAAUAUUUUCGAUAUUUUCAGGUUUAAUUUACUUUCCAAGAAUGAUGUGCGAUAAAUCGGAUGUUGAAGAAUUUAAUCAACUUUUAGCUAAGGGAGAAACAAAAUUGAAUAUUUUUAAAAAUCCCAAUACAAGGUCACGCCUGCUCCUUCGUCUCUUUUCUCAAAUUAGGCAUUUUCCGAUCGAGGGUGACAAGAUCCCACGAGCCCGCAUUUCAAAUCUUACGCUGUCUUUCAUAUUUAGCAACAAUUUUCCCAAAAAUUCGAUUGAAUACUAUUACAAUAAUGACAGAACUACAAUACCUCGCCACAGGUCAUCGGCACUUGAGAUUGAUUUCCAACUCCUACAGCCCACGGGUCUAUUGUCCUCUAUUUAUUUCGUUUUAUUAAUCGCAAGUAUAAUAAUGCCCCUAGAUGUAAACACCUCCAUUUUUCUCGUUCUCUUCAAAUCUAUGGGAAUUUCGGUUCCUAAUACUGUUCAAACAUGGUGUUAA